ACGUAUCCAAUAGUUAGGUACCAGAAUUUGAUCCAGUCCCGUCUCGCAUGGUCGCCAUGGCCCCUCUCCUGUCUUUAGUGUGUUUAGUAGUGAUAAGCCUUUCUGCAGCCCAAGAAACAACAGUAGUCCCAGGAUGCUAUAUCCGCCAGGCAGAUAUUGUUUUCCUGUUAGAUUCUUCAAACAGUGAAGGAGCCGCCAAUUUUGAAAAACAGAAAGAUUUCGUCUCAACGUUUGCAAAUUCCUUAAUCAUUGGUCCCGAUGACAUCCAGAUUAGCGUAGUUACGUUCGAGUCCGACAUCCACAACCAGUUCAACUUAGACACAUACGAAAAUAAAACAGACCUCUUGGACGCUAUCAAAAACAUUUCAUUCGUAGCGGGUAACACGCUAACAGAGAAAGCCCUUAACUUCGUUCGUACUGUGAGUUUCACAAACUCUUCUGGCGAUCGUGCGAAUGUGGAAGACAUUCUGGUCGUUUUAACUGAUGGCCAUUCUACGGACAGGAACAGUACUCUUGAUGAGGCUGAGAUGCUUCACAACACAUCCACCAAGGUCAUCACCAUCGGAAUCGGAGCUGAUAUUGAUAUCUCUGAAUUAAAUGCUAUUGCCUCCGAUCCAUCAAAUGCUUUCACAGUUCCCGACUUUGAUGCACUCGCCGGUAUCCAGAACUCUAUUUCCGCCCAGGCUUGUGUCGUUUUUGUUCCAACCACCACUCCUGAACCAACCACUACUUCUACCACUACCGAACCACCCUGCUUCAACCGUGUGGCCGACAUUGUAUUUUUGCUGGAUUCCUCUAAUAGUGAGGGGGCUCAAAAUUUUGAAUUACAAAAGGAUUUUGUGCGAAAUUUUGUAACAAAAUUUGUGCCAAAACUAGGCACCGACGGCGUUCAAAUCAGCGCAGUAACCUUCGAGUCUAAUGUUCAUAACGCUUUUGAUUUGAACGAGUAUGAAAACGCUACUGAUAUCUUAGAAGCAAUUAGAAAUAUCACAUUCACUCCCGGAAACACCCUGACCGACAACGCUCUCAAGUUUGUCCGGGAACACAGUUUCACCAAUACAUCCGGUGAUCGUCCAGAAGCAAACAACAUUCUCGUGGUUUUAACUGACGGCCAAUCUACGGACAGAAACCAAACCGAUAUUGAGGCAAACGCCCUCCACAACACAGAUACCAAGGUCAUUACCAUUGGAAUUGGAGCUGGUGUAGACGUCACUGAACUAAAUGAAAUUGCUUCACAGUCGGGACUCGUCUUUACUGUUCCUGAUUUUAAAGCUCUCAGCACAAUUGAAUCUCAAAUUGGACGUUCAGCAUGUGCCACUCAGCCACCAACCACCACCACAACAACAACCACGACAACUACUCCAACUACAACCACCACGACAACCACCACCACGACACCGGGAAUCUUCAAUAUUUUGAUUCAGUUCGGUUAUAUUUUAACUGCAGCUUGCAAUGUCACUCGGGCCGACAUAGUGUUCCUUCUAGACACCUCCAACAGCUUAGGGCAGGUCAAUUUUGACCGUCAGAUUCGGUUUGUUCUGGAUGUGGUCAAUGCAUUGGACAUCGGUCCAGAUGGCACACAAGUCGCUAUCACCACAUUUCAAACGGAUAUAUAUAAUGUGUUUCAACUGAAAGAUUUUGGAAACAAAGUUGACAUGGAAAACGAAAUAAGAAAUAUCAGGUUUACUCCUGGAAAUACGUUCACGGACAAAGCUUUAAGAUACGCUCGAGAUGUGAUGUUCCAACCAGAAAACGGUGAUCGACCUGACGUCCGAAAUGUUCUCAUCUUGAUGACCGAUGGUCAGUCCUCUGACCAAAACGGGACGAUGAAACAGGCAGAAGAAAUCCACAAUACGACCAAAAUCGAUGUCAUUACCAUUGGCGUAGGGAAUUUGAUUGACAAUGCCGAAUUACUUGCAAUAGCAUCAAAGCCUUCGUAUGAUUUGUCUGUCGAUGACUACUCUGAAUUGAACAGCAUUCUGGCAGAACUUGGACUUCAGACUACAGGAUGUAUCAUCACCCUGCCACCAACGACAUCAACAACAACAAUGAUAACAACUACAGCUCCAACAACACCGGUUCCUGUUGAUCUCGAUUGUAACAAAACAGUCGCUGAUGUUUUAUUCCUCGUGGACUCUUCGUCAAGCGUUAACAGUGUAAAGUUUCAACAGGAGAAAGACUUAAUUUCGGAGAUAGUGCAACAGUUACCCAUCAGUCCAGACGAUGUCCAGAUUGCCUUUGCUACAUAUUCAUCAGAAGUCCACAGCAGUUUCUUCUUAAACCAAUGGUACAACGUUAGUGAAAUCGUUAACGAGAUUUCACAAACUGUUCAAACAUCGUCGCCUGGAGUAUCGAUGCCAAGAUUGGGACUAGAAUUCGCUGAAGAAGUCUUCAAGCCUAUAAACGGAGACAGGCAAAAUGCUACGGACAUUGUUUUAGUAAUCAGUAACGGUGAUUCCAUAUAUGCUUCAAACGCUGAUAACGUAGUGCAACGUUUACAGAAUAGGAACGUCACCAUAAUCACAUUUGCUUCAGAGAAUUCAACUGAACUUCAGAAUAUUGCAUCUCCAUCAUUCUCGAUUCAAGAUGAAAACAUUACGACAGUUGGUCUACCGUCUCAAAUUAAAGGCAUGAUUGAUCAGAUAUCUGGAUUCGUUCCCUGUCCAACCACCACUCCAGUUCCAACAACAACACCUUCGACUACCCUUACGACUAUCACAACUACAACCACGCCCCCUCCUACUACGACAGUUACUCCCGCUUGCAGUAAGAUUGUGGCUGACGUGUUGUUUCUCGUGGACUCGUCAAACAGUGUUACUGAUGAAAGGUUUGAGACAGAGAAGAAUUUUACAUCUCAAGUAAUCCAGCAAUUUACCAUCGGUCCUGAUGAUGUCCAGAUUGCAUAUCUGACUUUCGAAACGCUUGUUCAUAGUCAAUUCCAAUUCAACACAUUUAACAACUCUGCUGACGUUCUGGCUGCCGUUCAGGCAACUAGUUACACACCCGGAAAUACAUAUACUAACGUCGCUUUACAAUAUGCACGCGAACAGGUUUUCACCCCGCAAAACGGCGACAGAGCAAACGUCUCGAACAUUGUCGUACUAAUGAGUGAUGGAGAAUCGACAUUUCCAGAAAAAACUUCAAAUGAAGCAGACCUUAUUAAGGCUAAUAAUGUGACCAUUGUAACAUUUGCUAUUUCUGACGCCGCUGACACGACGGGCUUGACUGAGUUACAGGAAAUUGCAUCACCAACAUUUGCUGUUAAUACCUCAUUCACGGGGCUCAUUUCCAAAGUCACGGGAUUGGCUGACGUAAUUUCAGGGCUAUCACUUUGUCCCCCAACUGCUCCUCCGACUAAAAACCCAUGCUUUGCUCCUGAAGCGGACAUAGUAUUUUUGAUGGAUUCAUCAAAUAGUCUUGGACCAGAGAACUGGGAAAAAGAGAAGCAAUUCGUAAUGGAUCUAAUUGAUAAUCUCAACGUGGGCCCCAACGACAUGCAAGUCAGUGUCGUAACGUUUGAAUCUAACCCAACGGUCCAAUUUUACUUAAAUGAUUAUCAAAACAAAUAUGACGCAAUAGCAGCGAUCAGUAACAUAACUUUCAACACCGGAAACACCCUAACUGGAAAAGCUUUAGAAUUCGUCAAUGACUUCGUCUUCGUCGAGAAUGCCGGUGAUCGUCCUAAUGCGAACAAUAUACUGGUCGUGCUAACUGAUGGAAAAUCUAUCGACACCAAUGAAACACUUGAACAGGCCGCUUCUUUGAAAAACGACAGCGUGAAGAUCUUCGCCAUUGGAGUUGGACUUGACGAUAAUGGAAAAUCUGAACUGGAGAGCAUUGCCACUGAUCAAAAUCAUGUUUUCCAGACUUCCGACUUCUUCACACUUUCUUCGCUUCAAUCAGAAAUUGAACUCACAGAGAUUGACUGCAAUUCCACUACGUUACCACCUAUCACAACAAUUCCAACGACCACGCCCACAACAACGCCCACUCCAGAUUGUGAUCAAAGGCGAGCAGACAUCAUCUUUGUACUGGAUUCUUCGAACAGCGAGGGACUUGUAAAUUUCAAUCGCCAGCUCGAUUUUGUUAAGAAUUUUGUUAAAUUGGUCAAAAUUGGUCCAAAUAAUGUCCAAAUAGGAGUAGUAACAUUUGAAUCUGAAGAACAUAACGAAUUUGAUCUGAAUGAACACCUGAAUUCCAAAGAUCUGAUAAGUGCUAUUGAUGGUAUUACUUAUAAACCUGGAAAUACCUUUACCGGUAAAGCAUUAGCGCUCGUAAACAAUCAUAGUCUCACUGCCGCUGCUGGAAAUCGACCAAAUGCAAAUGAUAUAGUCAUCGUAAUGACCGAUGGACAGUCCACAGACCGCAACGAAACACUUGAGGAAGCUGCAAUGCUGAAAUCUUCGUAUCCAGAUCUUGAUACAUUCGCCAUAGGAAUUGGAGCAGGUGUUGACAAUGAGGAGCUGGCUGCCAUCGCUUCUGACAGUUCAAAUGUCUUUCAUGCGCCGAAUUUCCAGUUUAUCUCUGACAUUCUGCCAUUACUUGGAAACAGCACAUGUCUUCCACCUGAAACCACUGGAACUGCGACGACAACUACCAUUGAGCCAGCUCCAACAACAUCAACCGAGAAUCCACGAACAACAGCCCCGAUUACGGCACCAACCGUUCCAAGUCUCCCAAUCCACUGCGCCUACAAGAAAGUCGACAUGGUUUUCCUCCUGGACACAUCUAAUAGUGAAGGUCCUUCCAACUUUGCCAUCCAGAAGAAUUUCGUUUACAACGUAGCACAAAACUUCGAUAUCGGACUAGAUAGAGUCCGUGUAGGCUUGGUCACAUUCGCUUCUAAUGUCUUCAACCAGUUCAACCUAUCAACAUAUGAUAACAGGGCGGAAGUUCUAGAAGCUAUUUCGAAGGUACCAUUCACCCCCGGAAACACCAUCACAGAGGCAGCACUCAAAUUUGUCCGUGAGGAAAGUUUCACCCCAGAGGCUGGAGAUCGACCAGAUGUUGGAAAUGUCCUUGUUGUUUUGACCGACGGUCAGUCAACGGAUAAAAAUGAGACCAUAGCCGAGGCCGAGUUUCUCCACAAUACAAGCACCAAAGUCAUCUCCAUCGGGAUCGGUGCUGGAGUAGAUGCUUCUGAAAUAUCACAGAUCGCUUCCGAUCCUAAGUUGGCCUACACUGUUGCCGAUUUCAACGCUCUUAAAGGAAUCCAAGUUGAGGUUGAAAAAUCUGCAUGCGUUGACGCAAUUGUUUGCGAGGACGAGGAAGAUUGUGAGAGUAUGGGACCAGCUAUCUGUAUGAGAUUCGACGGCUGGGCGCGGAAGAAAUGUGCUAAAUAUUGUGGAUAUUGUAAAAAACCUCAAUAAAUUUCAGAUAUUCUAAAGGAGUAAAGAAGGCCAUUCCAUCACUGUCUAGUAGUUUUUAUCCUCAUCUUGUUUCACACGGAAUGGUGGCAUCACCUAUUUUGGUAUUCUUUGUAGAUUUUCAAAUAAAACACGUAACAUUAUUGACACUUAUAA